AUGGGUGUCAUCACUUUUCACUUCGAUAUCCUGUCCCCCAUUCCCCCGGCCAGCAUGUUCAAGGCCGCUAUCCUCGAUGCUGAUAACCUCCUCCCCAUGGUCCUCCCACGAGCCGUCAAGAGCGUUGAAGUCCUCGAGGGCGAUGGAGGUCCCGGGACCAUCAAGUUGAUGGCUUUUGGCGAAGGCAGCCAGAACAAGACAGCGAAGCACAAGGUCGAGGUCCUAGACAAGGAGAACUUCACCUACUGCUACUCAAUCACCAGGGCGAAGUGCUGGGCACCACCUUUGAGAAAAUCAGCUAUGAGUUACUUCACCAAUGGCGACGUGGACGUCCCUGAGAACGAGAUCAAAGCCGGGAAACAGAAGGUGACUGCGAUGGUCGGGGCCAUCCAGGCUUAUCUCGUGGCAAACCCUGAUGCCUACUGA